AGCGCGCGCCCCGCACCCGAGGGCUGCGGAGAGAUAUUUUGGGUGGCAGGAGGCCCCUCGUCAUUUCCGCCGGGCAGCUCUUCGUGCCGGGGGCUUCACUCCCGCGCUCCAGGCGAGCCGGCAAGUUGGCUGCGGCCGUGCGGCUGCGGCUCUGCCUUCCAAAGCCGCGACCCUCGGCGGCUCGAGCCAUGAACUGAAGCCCGCGGGACGGAGCCGGGCGGAGCGGCCGAGGCAGCAGCAGCCGCCGCCUGUGCUGGGACUGAGCAGAGCCGGCGCGGAGCCGCGACCCGAGCGCUUAGCCUCCCGCUCUGGCAGUGGCUGAGGGUGCCUGUUCCAGAAAGCCACACAAAAGCCGCUGUCUCCGCCGCCGACCCCGGAGGGACGUUGCGGCCACCCGGGGACCCCACCUGACGAAGGCUCCCGCCGCUGACUUCGUUUUGUGUCCGAGGUCCGCGCCCCACGCGGAGGCAAGCCAGCGCUCAUGGCUCUGAUCAUGGAACCAGUGAGCAAAUGGUCUCCGAGUCAAGUAGUAGACUGGAUGAAAGGUCUUGAUGACUGUUUGCAGCAGUAUAUUAAGAACUUUGAGAGGGAGAAGAUCAGUGGAGACCAGCUGUUACGCAUUACACAUCAGGAGCUAGAAGAUCUGGGCGUCAGUCGCAUUGGCCAUCAGGAACUGAUCUUGGAGGCAGUUGACCUUCUGUGUGCCCUGAAUUAUGGCUUGGAAACAGAAAACCUAAAAACCCUUUCUCACAAGUUGAAUGCAUCUGCUAAAAAUCUACAGAACUUUAUAACAGGAAGGAGAAGGAGUGGUCAUUAUGAUGGGAGGACCAGCAGGAAAUUGCCUAAUGACUUUUUGACCUCAGUUGUGGAUCUCAUUGGAGCAGCCAAGAGUCUGCUUGCCUGGUUGGACAGGUCACCAUUUGCUGCUGUGACAGACUAUUCAGUUACAAGAAAUAAUGUCAUACAGCUCUGCUUGGAAUUAACAACAAUCGUGCAACAGGAUUGUACUGUAUAUGAAACAGAGAAUAAAAUUCUUCAUGUGUGUAAAACUCUUUCUGGAGUCUGUGACCACAUUAUAUCCCUGUCAUCAGAUCCUUUGGUUUCACAGUCUGCUCACCUCGAAGUGAUUCAGCUGGCAAAUAUCAAACCAAGUGAAGGGCUGGGUAUGUAUAUUAAAUCCACUUACGAUGGCCUCCAUGUAAUUACUGGAACCACAGAAAAUUCACCUGCAGAUCGGUGCAAGAAAAUCCAUGCUGGUGAUGAAGUGAUUCAAGUUAAUCAUCAGACUGUGGUGGGGUGGCAGUUGAAAAAUUUGGUGAAUGCACUACGAGAGGACCCGAGUGGUGUUAUCUUAACUUUGAAAAAGCGACCUCAGAGCAUGCUUACCUCAGCACCAGCUUUACUGAAAAAUAUGAGAUGGAAGCCCCUUGCUCUGCAGCCUCUUAUACCUAGAAGUCCCACAAGCAGCGUUGCCACGCCUUCCAGCACCAUCAGUACACCUACCAAAAGAGACAGUUCUGCUCUCCAGGAUCUCUACAUUCCCCCUCCUCCUGCAGAGCCGUAUAUUCCCAGGGAUGAGAAAGGAAACCUUCCUUGUGAAGACCUCAGAGGGCAUAUGGUGGGCAAGCCAGUGCAUAAGGGAUCUGAAUCCCCAAAUUCAUUUCUGGAUCAGGAAUAUCGAAAGAGAUUUAAUAUUGUUGAAGAAGAUACUGUCUUGUAUUGCUAUGAAUAUGAAAAAGGAAGAUCAAGUAGUCAAGGAAGACGAGAAAGCACACCAACUUAUGGCAAGCUACGACCUAUAUCUAUGCCAGUGGAAUAUAAUUGGGUGGGGGACUAUGAAGAUCCAAAUAAGAUGAAGAGAGAUAGUAGAAGAGAAAACUCUCUACUUCGAUAUAUGAGCAAUGAAAAAAUUGCUCAAGAAGAAUACAUGUUUCAGAGAAACAGCAAAAAAGACACAGGGAAGAAGUCCAAAAAGAAGGGUGAUAAGAGUAAUAGCCCAACUCACUACUCGCUGCUGCCUAGUUUGCAAAUGGAUGCACUGAGACAAGACAUAAUGGGCACACCGGUGCCAGAAACCACACUCUACCAUACAUUUCAGCAGUCCUCUCUGCAGCACAAGUCAAAGAAGAAGAACAAAGGGCCUAUAGCAGGCAAGAGCAAAAGACGAAUUUCUUGCAAGGAUCUUGGCCGUGGAGACUGUGAGGGCUGGCUUUGGAAAAAGAAAGAUGCAAAGAGCUAUUUUUCACAGAAAUGGAAGAAGUACUGGUUUGUCCUAAAGGAUGCAUCCCUUUACUGGUAUAUUAAUGAAGAGGAUGAAAAAGCAGAAGGAUUCAUCAGUCUGCCUGAAUUUAAAAUUGAUAGAGCCAGUGAAUGCCGCAAGAAAUAUGCAUUCAAAGCUUGCCAUCCUAAAAUCAAAAGCUUUUAUUUUGCUGCUGAACAUCUUGAUGAUAUGAACAGGUGGCUUAACAGAAUUAACAUGCUGACUGCAGGAUACGCAGAAAGAGAGAGGAUUAAGCAAGAACAAGAUUACUGGAGUGAGAGCGACAAAGAAGAAGCAGAUACUCCAUCAACACCGAAACAAGACAGCCCUCCACCCCCAUAUGACACGUACCCACGGCCUCCCUCAAUGAGUUGUGCCAGUCCUUAUGUGGAAGCAAAACACAGCCGGCUUUCCUCCACAGAGACCUCUCAGUCUCAGUCUUCUCAUGAGGAGUUUCGCCAGGAAGUAACUGGGAGCAGUGCCAUGUCCCCCAUUCGCAAGACAGCCAGUCAGCGCCGCUCCUGGCAGGAUUUAAUUGAGACACCGCUGACAAGUUCAGGCUUACACUAUCUUCAGACUCUGCCCCUGGAAGAUUCUGUCUUCUCUGACUCGGCAGCCAUCUCCCCUGAACAUAGGCGGCAGUCCACUCUUCCAACUCAGAAGUGCCACCUCCAGGAUCACUAUGGGCCAUACCCCUUAGCUGAGAGUGAGAGGAUGCAAGUGUUAAAUGGCAAUGGAGGCAAGCCUCGAAGCUUCACUCUGCCUCGAGAUAGUGGGUUCAACCACUGCUGUCUGAAUGCACCAGUUAGUGCCUGUGAUGCACAAGAUGACAUACAGCCACCAGAGGUGGAGGAAGAGGAGGAGGAGGAAGAGGAGGAGGAGGAGGAAGAGGAGGAGCCAAGAAUGUCAAGAAUACGGUAA